UCUACGCAUGGAGCGCGACAGUCUCUGCGCCGGAUGUUACGUUUGUUAUUACCAAAAAGUUGACAGUAGGGAAUGGCCGACAGAGCACGUUGGGAGGGUUUCGCGGGUUUGUCAUAUUAGCAGUUGAGGUCAACUAAGAUUAUUGUUUAGAUUUCAUAGAAAUUCGUCUUAAAGGUAACAUAUCUUCUAUAAUUAAUAUGCCUUGCCACAAUCAACAGUUAAUUAAUAGUAAUAACGACCACGCUGUGAAGCAGGUUCGAUUUUCGAGCAAUGGCAAUUCAGUAAUGUCGGACACGGACUCACAGUCUAGUAGCAAAACGUUUGAAAAUGGGCACAAUAGCGACGGAGACUCUCUGCUCAUGCCGCAGCUGAAACUUCUGCCUCUGAACGACCAAAUUCGAGAACUGCAGACCAUAAUAAGGGACAAGACAACCAGCAGAGGAGACUUCGUGUUCUGUGCUGACAGAUUAAUCAGACUUGUGGUUGAAGAGGGACUCAAUCAACUGCCUUAUUCCGAGUGCACUGUGACCACUCCAACAGGGCACAAGUAUGACGGAGUUAAGUUUGAGAAGGGAAACUGUGGUGUUAGCAUAAUGAGGAGCGGGGAAGCAAUGGAGCAGGGACUGAGAGACUGCUGUAGAUCCAUCCGCAUCGGCAAAAUCCUCAUCCAGAGUGACGAAGAAACGCAGAGAGCCAAAGUUUACUACGCCAAGUUUCCCCCAGACAUCUCCAGACGGAAGGUCCUGCUCAUGUACCCCAUCCUAAGCAGUGGAAACACUGUGAUAGAGGCAGUGCGAGUGCUGAUAGAACAUGGCCUUCAUCCCGGACACAUCAUCCUCCUUAGCCUCUUCUCCACCCCUCAUGCGGCCAAGUCCAUCAUUCGAGAGUUCCCUGACAUCACUAUACUCACGACUGAGGUACACCCAGUCGCCCCUACACACUUUGGCCAGAGAUAUUUUGGAACAGACUAGUCUUCCAGAGUUCAGUAAACGGGCCACCUCUGUGUCGUCUAAAAGGAAAACCCUCCUUUGAGUGUUCAGAUGUGCUGUAAAAUCCCACGUGGGGUAUUUCAUCUUCAUCAUCAUCAUCUUCAUCAUCAUCAUUUGAUCUCCCAUAGAGAGUAAGAAUGAGAUUUUAUUGACCAUAUUUAUUGAAGGACGUUUGAGGAAUUUGUAUAGGACACAGUUUCCACUAGAGUAGUUUAAUGUUGCUGCAGAUGACAGAUCAGCGAACAGAUGAACGGACAGUCACAGAACGCUCUGAUGAAUAUUUGUCCAAUGUGAGAGUCUGAGGUAAAUAUCAUGUGCACCUCUCCUGUUGGACGUGUGUUUGUGUUUGUGUUUGAGUUGAGUAAACUUUAAGUAAGCCUGCACUCAGAGUCACUCCUCCCUGGAACCAUGCCAAAGCAAAAAAGAGGCAGGUGAUGUAACCAAGUCACGGACAGACAUAGAUUUUAUUGUAACAGGUUAUGAAAAUGACUGUAUGUCACGGACAGACAUAGUAGAUUUUAUUUUAACAGGUUAUGAAGAUGACUGAGUGUGUGAGUGGAUGACAUCGAGUUUUCAGACGUGAUCAUCUGCUGAUGUAUUAUCUCCAAUAACGUAUAUUUUAUACCUUUGAAUUAUACGUUUUGUUAGUGUUCAACAGUUUGUAACAAA